AAGAGAAAAUCGAGAUAGAUAAUAAAGAGGGGCUGAGAGAGGGAGAGAGGAUAGAAAGAUAGAGCAAGAGAAUAGAGAGAUAGUAUAGGGAGAGGGGGAGAUAGCAGAUAGAGGGAUAGACAGAGAGGAAAACAAGUGAUACAUAUUUGACAGCCCAGAGAGAAUAACGAGAUGAAGAGAGACGUGUAGAAAGGGACAGAGUGGCACAGGAAGGCGGUUAAAGAAGGAGAUAGAUAAACACAGGGAAGGGGAUAGUGCGAGAUAGAGAGAGACACCACAUUCCAAAGUUCAGAGAGGGACAUAAAUGGAGAGAAAGAGAGAUAGAUUCAUAUACAUAGAGAGAAAGACAGAGGGAGAGAGACUCAAAGAUACAGAGAAACUAAAAAGGCUGACCAAGUCAUAGAGAGAUACAGAAAAGAGGAAAAUAUAUACCGAGAUAGGAGAGAUUUAUUUAUAUGCACAGAAAUAUAGGGGGAGAUGGAUGAAGAGAGAGAGAGAUCGAUUCAGGGAUAGGGGAGGGACAGGGGGAGGUGCAUAAAGAGGAAGAGGGAGUGACAGACAGGCGGACAGACAGAGGCUGGGAGGAACACGCAGAGACUGGGGGGGAGGAACAGAGAUUCACACGAGGAGAGGGAGCCAGCGCCGGCUAACUCGGGGAGAGUGACCGGGAUACAGAACCUGGGAGUUGGGGGAAGCUGCAGAGACACCGGCCGGUCUGCAGGAGUGGGGGAGAGAGAGAGAGAGAGAGAGCCUGAGGGAGCGGCUGAGAGAGAGAGAGAGAGAGUGUGUGUGGGGCCCGGGACACCGAGAGGCGACAGUCAGAGAUGCCGGGGAAAGUGCUGACUCCCUCCCCGAACUGGUACUGCAGCCGCUGCAGCGACACUAACCCCCGGGGCAUCCUCGGCUUCGGAGCUAAGAACAGCAUCUUCCUCCUGGAGAUCACCCCGACCCAGCCUCUCAUCCUCGGAGAGUUGGCAGGUCACACUGAAAGGGUCACCGGGUUCACCUUUUGUCACCAUCCAGGCCUAACAGACACCUGUGCCAGCACGUCUGACGAUGGCACUGUCAAGAUCUGGGACAUUCAGACUAGAGCUGUACUCAAGGAACACACAGCUCACCAGAGUCCCAUCACCGCUGUCCAUUGGUCUCCCCUGAAGAAAGAGCUGGUGGUGUCAGGAGAUGAGAAGGGGAUCGUGAUCUGUUGGUGGCACAACAGAAAUGACACCCAUCACUUUUUUCCAGAACCCAGAAACAUUUUCUGCCUCUCCUGCUCUCCUCACAAUGAAGACCACGUGGCAGUGGGGUAUAAAGAUGGAAUGAUCGUCAUCAUCGAUAUAAACCGAAAGGGGGAGGUGAUUCACAGGCUGCGGGGUCACGAUGGAGAGAUUCACUUCCUCUCCUGGUGUCCGCAGCUCUGUGACAAAGGCAUCCUGGGUCACUCUGACACUACCUCAGAAACAGAGGGGCUGAAUGGCAAACUUCUGAAAGAGGACACUGCCAAGGACUGUUUCCUGGCAUCGGGGAGCAGGGACCAAACAAUCCGCAUCUGGAACUCCACAAAAGGCAAAGGUGUGAUGACUCUGAAGUUACCAUCGCUGAAGCGGAGAGGUGGGACUGAUAUGGGAAUAAAGGAACGGAUUUGGUUGACUGUGCUUUGGUCUCGAACCCGUGUCACUCAACUGGUCUCCAGCAGCUUUGGGGGGGAGCUGCUGCUCUGGGAUCUGACUAAGUCAGGGAAGCAGAAAUGGACACUGCUGGGGUCAUCGUCGGAAGGACAGAAUCACAGCAGGAUUGUCUUCAACUUGAGUUCGGUCUCCCUCCAGGAUAACAGUGAGCUGCUGCUCUCCACUUCGAUGGACCGGGAUGUGAAGUGUUGGGAACUGAACACACUUGAGUGUUCCUGGACGCAGCCUACACUUGGUGGUUUUGUCUACAGCUUGGCUUUCUCACCUGUGAACAUCGGCUCACUUGCUAUAGGUGUAGGUGAUAGUAUGAUCAGGGUCUGGGACACCAUGUCCCUCCAGAGUUCCUAUGACAUCAAGACCUUCUGGCAAGGAAUCAAAUCCAAGGUCACAUCUUUGUGUUGGCAUCCGACGAAGGAGGGCACGUUGGCAUUUGGAACCGACGAUGGCAAAGUUGGCAUUUUUGAAAUCUAUUCAAACAAACUACCUCAGAUUUCCAGCUCCUAUCACAGGAAGACUGUUUACGCCCUUACCUGGGGACCCCCAUUGCUCCCCAUGGCUUCUGGUGGGGACGGAGAUGGGCCUGGAAUGAUGUUGUACAGCUGUGCAGGAGAGGGCAUUAUCCUCCAGCACAACCCCUGGAAGCUGACAGCAGAUGCCCAGGACAUUAACCGGUUAAUCCGGGAGACGAACGGAAUCAAGCAUAAACUUCCAGGUCACAGCGAGUUGAACUGGAAACCUGAUGGUAAAGCCCUGGCUAUUGGGAACGAUGAUGGGUCCAUUGAGAUCUUCCAGGUUCCUCGCUUGAAAUUGCUGUGCACCAUUCAGACACACCACAAACUGCUGAACGCCAUCCGCUGGCAUCACCCACACGGCACACAGCCUGAUCUCAGCUACCUGCUCGCGUCUGGUUCCAACAACGCCAUCAUCUAUGUUCACAACCUCAAAACAGUGCUGGAGGAACCCCCGGACACGCCGAUGACCGUGACUGAGCCGUUCAGGACGCUGCUUGGACACACUGCGAAGGUCACCAGUCUGGCCUGGAGCCCGCACCAUGAUGCAAUGCUGGUGUCCACCUGUUACGACGGCACUGCACAGGUGUGGGAUGUCCUGAAGGAGGAGCCUUUGUGUAACUUUCGGGGACAUGUCGGGAGGCUGCUUGGGGUCCAGUGGUCUCCAGUUGACGCAGACUCUGUGUGGACAGGAGGCGAUGACUUCACGGUACGACAGUGGGAAGUUUCAAAACAGGAGCACACCCAACCACCUAAAGGGAAGAAGGCUGCUGAACUGGACAAGAAAAGGACCAACUGUUCGAAACCCAAAUCGAAAAAGGCCCGGAAGAGAAACGAGAAAGGGAGCGGGGGCCAGGAGGAAGACAAUCAGGAGAACUCGAUACAGAAUGUUGCGAACAGCAGAAACGGCAGCACUGAUCGAGAGGUGGAGCAAGACUGUCAGGAUGAAGCCGAAAUGGCAAAACUGGCCAAUGGAAUCUCUCAAACUCCAGCAUUGCUGGAGGAGCUCGGGGCACAGGAGAACAUGGAUCACAUGGUUCCCAACACCUCACAGGCUACAACAAACCAAACUCCUCAGGUGAAGAAGGAACGGCUAAAAGAUGAGAGGAAGAAGGAGAGACCAGAGGCCACAGUGAGGAAGAAGAAAGGGCGGUCGGCCCUUCCCCUCAGUACAGUCAAUGAUCACCGAUCAAAGGAAGAGCUGCACUCAGACUGCGUGAAUCUCGCUAACAUCCUCUACUCUAAAGAGUCUGGGAGCCAGAGACUGCCGGGGUCAGGGGAGGAGAUCCAGUUGGGACUCUUUGUGGACAGACCAGCUUUGUACAGGAUGUUUGAAGAGGAAGGUCAGAAUCAUCUAGAAGCCGGACACCCUGAGAUGUGUUACCAGCUGAUGUUGUGGAAAGGCAAUGUAAGAGGAGCCUUGGAGAUGGCCACUGAGAGGGGGGAGCUGAAUGACACUUUAGUUGCUAUGGCGCCCAUGGCUGGGUAUGCGGUUUGGAUGAAGACAAUUGAAGCCUUUUCCAAGCAGCUGUGUUUCCAGGAACAAUACAUUAAGGCUGCCACUUACCUCCUGUCCAUUCACAAGGUCUACGAAGCUGUGAAGCUUCUCCAAUCUCACCAGCUGUUUCGAGAGGCCAUUGCCAUCGCCAAAGCCCGUCUACAACCUGAUGACCCUGUGCUGAAGGAGCUUUACACCAGUUGUGCUAAUGUCAUGGAGAAAGAUGGCCAUUACUCAAUCGCAGCUAAGUGCUACCUAACGGCCAGAUCGCCUUACGACGCGGCCAAGAUCUUGGCGAAAAAGGGUGACGUGGCUUCACUGCGGACUGCUGCGGAGGUGGCCUCCAUCGUCGGUGAGAGGGAACUGUCUUCCUUGUUCUCCUCCAGGUGUGCCUUGGACCUGCUGGCUCUGCGGAACUGGCUGGGGGCACAAGACGUCUUGCGCCCGCAGGAGAGUUUGUUGGGGCAAAGGUUGGUGCUGUGCACGUGCGAGUUGCUGUACCGGUACCUUGCCGAUAGGGACCUGAUUCUGUGGAAGAGCUUGAACUCGCCGUGCUACCAUGACUGGACCUUCCGGAGUGAGGAACCACUCAUUAACUCGGUGACUGCAGUCUGGCAAAGUGAGUUUGGGAUCACGGGGGCCGAUUUGGAGCGACUAAAGGUUGCUCACCAGCAGCUGAGGAUGAUGGAGCAACCCGAGACGUCUCUCAACACCCCUCCCAGACUGCUGAUGCUACACUUGGCUCAGGAACUGAGUCUUGCCAUAACCUAUAUGCUGCUAUCAGACUGGGCCCAGAUGGUCACUGUCCUACUCAAAGUCGUUCUUCGUUGUAUCAAGGCUGGAGACUUCACUUUGAUGCAGGAAAUCGGCAAGAUUGUUCUACCUGAGAGAGUCGAUUUCACCUCUGACCUGGAGGUCAAGCUGACCAGCACUGACCCCCUCGGCCUAGCAGCUCUCCGAAGCCUGCACGCGUACCUGUGUUACGGACAGGUGUACGAGCUGUGGUGGAAACUGACCGACGAUGGCUCCGGAGCGCCGCGGGCGGGCGGGCACCAGACGGGCGCGGACGAGGAGCCAAGAACGCAGCGGGCAGGCAGGGCUGGGGAGAACGGCCUCGCCCACGCCGCCCAGCGACCCCCCGGCGGGGCAGGCCAGCUCCCGGACAGGUGCGCCUGUUUCCUCUCGCACGACCACGCCAGGCUCCAGGCCCUGCAGAGGCGGACGGCCGACGUCCAGCGGGGGGUGGCGGAACUGGUCAGCCAGCACCAGAGGCGAUCGCCGGAGGCAGAGGGGGCGCAGGAAGGGGGGCCGGGACUGGACCAAGGGGCCGGACCCGAACCUCGACCUGAACCUGAGCCAGCAGCCGACUCAGCUUCGAACCACCACGGUCCUGAGUUUCCUUUAAGUAAUGAAGAGACCAGCUCCAUGACCACUCUGAUGGAACAGUUACGUGACAUUACCCAACAGCAGUCAGAGCUUGCAGAGGGUGUGAAGCUUUACCCUUUCCCGGAUGUUGUCGAGAGCAGCCUUGUCCUUCUCUCCAUCUCCUCGCUUGCUCCCUCCGUCGUCCCCUGUGAACUCCGAGACCGGGCCCUGACGCUGGCUCAGACCUUCGGGACGGCCAAGACACAUCAACGGGCAGUCCAGAGGUUCCUUCGGGAGGCGGCCUGAAGAUGGAGACGACAGUGUUGGGAACGCUGCUGUCGGGAGCUGUGGGGUGUGGGACUGCAGAGCUAGGGGGGAACGGCUAGAUCGUUUUCUCCUCGUUUUUGAUCUUCAAUCAGUUUGAGAGGCCCUAAUAAUUUUGAGGUUAUGUGAGCAGGCGGUCUGAGUUAUACCGCUGGCUGCGCUCAGCAGUUCAGUCUGGCCAGGGGGAAGGGGCACAGAGGGCUGAGAUCUCGGCAAGGGUAUUUAAAACAGUGUCAGUUACUGUAAUAACACCGGCUGCGAUAGUGAGCUGUUCCGGGUUAGAUUAUUAAUGACAACACUCGCUCGCACUCAAUCUUCAGGAUGUUACUGGUUUAUUUCCCUCCUCUGCUUCCACAAAUUUCGGGAUCUCAGGAACAUCUCAACGUAGCUUGCAGGAUUUUGCCGUUUAUAUAGUUCAGAGUAAAUGAAUACCACUGAACCUCUCCGUCUGUGACUCCUCUCUCUAUCUCUCUGUUCCUCUCUCUUUCCCUGUAUCCCCCCUCUCUCUCUCUCUCUCUCUCCCCUCCUCCUCGCUAUGUUAAUUUGGGGGAGAUUUCACACUGAUUAUUCCAUGCAGAUACAGUUGACACUGCGUUGGACGUGUGUGCUGCGUGUUACCGAUUGACUAACGAGAAUGUCUCAGCCCCUUCGAAACAUUAGAAACCUUUUAGAGGCUGACUGGCCCGGGGUCUCUCUCUCCCCAGUUUCCUGUUCACUCUAGACCCUGAUUUCUUGUGGCAGUCAGGGGUCUGACACAAGGAAACUCCCCAAACCCACCUCCCUGAGGGUCUCCCAAACCAAAUCCAGGGUCUGUGCGCACUCACUCCUUUGUCCUCUAUGCUAAAUCCAGGAACACAUUCGGUGUGAGCCUGGCCCCCUCUUAACCUGCCCCCUGCACACAGGCUACUAUUAGGGCCUAUCUGAAAGAAACCGACUUAGCUUUGUUCCUACUGCCCAUCCAGUUCAGACCUCCCGGCCGGCUCUCCUGUUUUUGUACAGGGUCAUCUGGAGUUCAAUAGUAAAGAAGCUGGAGGUUAGAUCAAUGUGGGCCAGGCUUGAGACGUCGUUCCAGAGUGCUGCGAAGCUGGCCAGUUCAGGAAUCUUACUACCCGGUUCCAAGUACCUGGGUCACAACUCCCCAGGCGAAUGACACUUUGUUAACUAAUCUGGUGUGAGGUGCUGAUGGAGAGACUGUAAACCUCAGCACAGGAUUAAAGGCGUUUCAUUUUCAACAUGGGUACAGAGUGGCUUCGUUGUCCUGUCGAAGCUCUGUUGAUGAAGUGAUUUUGCUGUAUGGCUGACAGUGAAUAGGACUGCCUUUUUCUAAUUUGUAACUGGGUUGUGAAUAUCAUCUUUUUAUACUAACAAAAACUAAUAAAAGUUGUGGCACCAACA